CCCUCUCAGUACUCUCUUAGAAGUUUGUGAAGUUUCGGCCUGUCGUAUAAAACUUUGACACACUUCCAUUGAUUUGUGGUGGACAGUACAUUGACUGGUUGAAUUAUGGUUUGGUAGGGGAACACCAAAACCUUUGACUGGAAAGGUCCACACAAAGCCGUAGAUAUGGCCGAUCCCAUUCUGGGUACAUUGUGUGUCCCACACCACGAACCUUCGGCUCACAGCAACAUCGACAGGAAACUGCAGACACGGGAAUCUGAGAUAUUAUUUCUCCAGACUGAAGAAAGCUGACUUCAUUUCUCCGGUGACAACCUGUGUGUCCCACACCACGAACCUUCGGCUCACAGCAGCAUCGACAGGAAACUGCAGACACGGGGAAUCUGAGUGAACAACCCACCCUUGCUGCUCACCAAUCAGCUGUUUCCACUGACACACAUCACUUCCUGAAUGGUGACAUCACCUCCAGCUCUUCCAAUGGUCUCGACAAGAUGCUGCCUGACCUGCUGAAUAUUUCAACGAUUCUCUGAUUUCACCCCAGGAAAAAAUUCUGCAGAAUCUUCAUUACACUCCCUUGAGAGAAAGUGUAUCAUUCAUUUACUACGGUCAACAAGUUUGUACCCAGUCCUCCUGGUGUGGUGUCAUGAAGACCAGUUAUAAUUCUGUGACCAAUUCCAGGUUGCCAUGGUGAUCACCUACCGACUGUACUCAGUACACACUGUGCCAGGACAACGAUCACCAGCCAGAGGCACGAAACCAUUCAGCCCUGUGAUCCUGGGACAGGAGCUGUGUAUUCCAAUAAGACAUCAGGCACAGCAAAUAUCCAGGACAGGAAUCAAGUGAAAACCAUAAAUCUUUGGAGACAAGUUUUAUCUUUGUGAGAAUUCAAGAAACAGAACAGUACUCCUAUUCCCAAAACACCCCAAUCAGCACGUCGCUCCCCGAAGUAGUCCCACCUCUAAGAAAGAGAACAGAGAUUCCAGGAGAACACAGAGCGCAUCAGAGACGAUGACGAACAUUUUACCUGGUGGAAAUAAUGAGUCUGUAAAUCUCAGCCCCCCACAAAUUGUAAAGGAUUUGGGAUUACAGGAUCUAUAUCCUCACAAAUUGUCUCUUCAGACCGUGCGGGAGGUGUCCCAGGAUAAACCAGAGGACAGCAAACCAACUUGUGCAGAAGAUCUUCCCUGGCGAUUUCUCCAAAGGAUCCUCUCAGCCAAUUCACUGGCGAGGAAUCCUGACUGGCCACCUGAUCUGUCCUCGGACAGUGAGGAUGAAGAUGAUGAUGCUGAAGACUUCAGUGAUUUCUUUGAAGUUAAAGGACAUGGGAAUCAUGGGAUGAAUCCUCUGGAUAUCAUUGCUGCCAUUUUCCUCUGUGCUGACCACUCUCUCCAGCAGGAACUGAUGCUGAAGAUGUCUCUGUGCCAGUUUGCAUUACCCUUUCUGAUGCCAGACACUCACAGUCACCCCAUGGACAAGGUGAGGGGACCCACAGAAGGGCCUGGUGCCACCCUUCUCCUCUGGGCCAUGAGGCCCAUUGUUAAAACAUGGUGCCCACAUUCUCCUACAGACAGCAGCCCCGUUGUGGAGGUGCCCAUCGUGACAGCGGCCAUGCCAACGGUGUCCUUCCUCAGACUGGGAAGGUGCACAGUGUCCAAAUCCCGAAUCCUCAAUCUCACCCUGAGUCAGGCACAGCUGCAGCAAAACAUCUUCCUGCACUCCGAGAUGGAAUGUGGGAAUGUGCCCCGCAGGAUAUCCGAUGGAAUGGCUGAGAUCAGCUGGUAUCUCCCUUCUGGGAAGAGAAACACGGAUAUUUUCCCAGAGGCUGCUGCAUUCAUUAACCUCCGAGGCGAUGCUGAAACUUUCCAGGGAAACGCUCGGUUUCUGGCAAAAGUAUCUGCUGCUCUCUUUAUUUUCAUUGAUGUUAUCGGUGAGAAGGAACGAGAAUUCCUCACCUCUCUCACACAGUCACCAACAAAACUCUUUCUCAUAGUCAACACCCACAUCAAUCAGCAACACAUAACCCCUGAGCAGGUGAAGAAUCUGUUCAAAGAUCUAAAGUUAGAACGUCAACAACGCAUUCUUCGGACAAAUGUAAAUGAGGCUAAACUUGUGGAAAAGCUCCGUUCUCAGAUCAAACAAGUAAUUCUAAUGAGGGACAGGGACCAGACCUUGCUGAGCCUGGAGAAAAUGGCUGACAUUGCAAUGGAAAGUGGGAUUGAGGUCGGCGAACGUCAACCUGAAAUACAACGAGCCAAGGAACUGACCAAAAUACUGGACAGACUUGACUCAGGAGACAUUACUGGGUAUAAAAGGAGAGUGUUGCCCUUUCAUGGAGAGCCCUGGCAAGGGUUGUCUAAAGUUGAAAAAGAGAAAUCGCGGAUGAAACUCCGUGGGGACAGAACCACAGUCGUGUAUAACCACCAACUGGACCAGGAGAAGAACAGAAUCCGGGAAGCUCAGCUCAGACAGAGUCUGUCGGACGAAAUGCGGCUGUUCAUUGAAUACCUCACCCGUCAUGGUGGGGUUGACAGAGCCAUUUCCCUACAGUGGCUGAAGCUGGAACUGGACAGUAAAUCACGGGAAGUUAUGGCAGGAUUGCGUAGAAUUUAUAAAGAACUGUGCAAAGACUCAAAGCAGAAGGUGAAGGAACUGAAGGAGUUGGAUCAGAAGAUGUCUGAUAGUUCCCUGGGACUCGAGCAUUUCAUGAGGGAACUUGGCCAGAUUUAUGAACUUUCAGUGACUCGACACAACGUCACCCGAAGGACACAGAUCCACCCAAAGGUGUCGCAGUUCCCAGGGGUUGCUGCUGAACUGUUGCUGGAAGGGUUCCCACUGGAACUCAUCGAUGGAGACGUUUCCAACGUUCCCAUUCCAUGGAUCACUGCCGUACUCACAGAGCUGGCCAACAAAGUGGGAAGAGCUUGCCGAGUGUUUGUGCUGACAGUGAUCGGAGUUCAGAGCACGGGCAAGUCCACACUCCUCAACACAAUGUUCUGUUUGCGGUUUGCUGUGAGCAGCGGCCGAUGUACUCGAGGGGCCUACAUGCAGUUGAUCAAAGUCACAGGGAGCCUGGCCGAGGAGCUGGGCUGUGAGUUCAUCCUGGUCAUUGACACAGAGGGGCUGAGAGCCCCAGGACUCGCAACACUGACAGACAGCUACGAGCACGACAAUGAGCUGGCAACGUUCGUGGUUGGAUUAAGCAACUUAACGUUGGUAAACAUCGGGAUGGAAAAUCUGUCAGAGAUGAAAGAUAUUUUACAGAUUGUUGUCCAUUCCUUAAUCCGCAUGAGGGAGACAGGAAAAGGGCCAAAGUGCAUAUUUGUGCACCAGAACGUCGGUGAUGUGAGUGCGCACAAUCAGAAUCUGAGAGGCCGUCAGAAACUCCUGGAACAGCUGGAUAAGAUGACAGAGGCUGCAGCAAAGCUGGAGAAGGUAGACCGAGUAACGUUCCGGGAUGUGAUGGACUAUGAUGCUGACAAGGACAACUGGUACAUCCCUGGUCUGUGGCAUGGUACACCCCCAAUGGCUGCAGUCAACACCGGCUACAGUGAACACGUCUCCCAACUGAAGAAGAACCUAAUUCAGUGUCUAAUCCAACGGAGCAAAAGCCAAAGAGCUUUCACUAUCCCGGACUUUAUCAAAUGGAUGGCUGGGCUUUGGGAGCAGGUGAAACAUGAAAAUUUCAUUUUCAGCUUCCAGAACAGUCUGGUCGCAGAGGCUUACAACCACCUCUCCGUGAAGUACAAGGACUGGGAGUGGGAACUCCACAAAUUCACUCACUCCUGGGGAAAUGAGGCUGAAAACAGAAUCAGCAAUGCCAGAGGAGAUCUCAAUGAACUGCUCCAUAAUCUGGAGAGGGAGACGAGGACAGAGAUGGACAAAAGGGAGGGUGUCACUCUGGAUAAACUGCAAGCUCUGUAUGAAAGUGGGGCUGAUAAUGUGUAUCUGAUGGAGAAAUACAGAGAGGAAUUUAAACUCAGCAUCUCCAGUUUAUGCAGCCGACUUCAGUGCGAUUCAAUGCAGAGAUGUAGAGAUACCGUGAACAGACGGGUGGGACUGCAGGGUGUGGAAGAUAUUUGUAAUAACUUUCACAAGAAGAUUGGAGAACAGGUGAAGGAGCUUUUACAGAAGUGUAAAGCAGCAAGUUGGGUGUUGGGUCAACAGGAACUGGAAAAUCAGUUUGACAAGAUGUGGGAAAGUACACUCUCUCAACUGGAGUAUCAGCCCUGCAGAAAAAGAAAGAUUGAACAGGAGAUUGAAAAUCUUCUCAGAGAGGAAACAAAAACUCAAGGGAGAGUGAUUAAUGAAAGGCUAAAAGGUAACAAUCUCUGUGAACUGGGGACCCAGUACUUUCAGAUUGAAGAGAAACACAUCAAUGUGUCACAUUGGAGAUGGGGUACAAGUAAACACAUUCCAUCCAGAUUGAAAUCAGAUCUCGAUCAAGCAGCAAUGAUUACAAAGCCCAUCGAGGAUGAAUGCAGACAUUGGAUCACUGACAUCACAAAAAAGGACAUGGAUUAUGACAAAAUAUAUUGCAUUGAACUUUUGAACAUGAUAGAGGGAAACGUUGACAAUAUUUCACAUCAAAACUUUUCAAUGUCUGAGGUUUUCAAGGCCGAGUUUAAACUUCACCUGUGUGGUUACGCUGUACCAAGAUUCCAGGAGAUGCACAGGAGGUUUAUCCACAACCACGACCCACAGAGAAGACUGGAAAACAUGAAAAGUCAAUACUUUGAUCUCUUCAUGGAUAUUUACACAGAGCAGGAUGAGAACCAGAGACAAGCAGAACGAUUUGCACAAUCUUGUUUCUUGCCAGCUCUCCGAGACGCCACCCUCAAGACUCUCAGCGUGAACAUCGUGGAUGAUAUGAAAAAACACGACCCUGAGCGACAGUACAGUCUCCGCAACAACUUCACUGUGGCCCUCCUGGUCCACCUGAAACAAACACAUCAAUUUGAUGAAUAUCUCCGGUACAUCAGAGACUUUGUGAAUUUCGCCAAAGACUGGCUCCAUCAGCAAGUUAUUAAACACUGCAAGACAAAACGCGAUAGGGAGAGCACAUUUACCCGUCUGGCUAAAGAAAUCAUCACAGAGAUCACUGGGAAAGCUAAGGACAUUGUUCAGGAUGCAGUGAAGCAGAACUUUGCUGGAAAUGCUCGGAGCUUCCUAAACAUGUUUGUUGAAAAGUUAAACAUGAGAAUCUCGAUGCCCGAAGAUGAGAUGAAACUCGUUCUGCUUCAGAGUGGCAGUGAUGGCAAGAAAUGUGCAGAAGCCAUUCUGCCAUGUAUUGAAGAGGUGGAGCAGGAUCUCCUCCGUGAGGUAAAAGGCUGGGAUGUCAAAGCAAAGAUUGAAGAAUUAUCCAUUAAACCCAGGGAGGAGUUGUUCAAAGGGUUAUUCAAAUGUAGUAAGAAAUGUCCUUUCUGUGGGGUUUACUGUGACUCAGAGACCCCGGUACACUCACUACAGUCCUGUAAACAGCACUGGCCUAAAGGGCUCAACAGCCAUCGAGGGGCAGACAGUGAACAUCUUGUAACGGAUAUCUGUACAGCUUUAGUCGCAAGUGAUACAAAAUUCCAAAAUAAAGACACAAAUGGGAAAUACCAUCCCUACAAGGAUUAUCAAACAGUCAAUGAUUACUACAAAUCCUGGAUUAUCCAAAGGGAGAUCUCCGCACAGGCAGCAUCCUAUUGGAAGAAGGUUUUCUACACUUUCAAUCAGCAGUUUGCUGAUGUAUAUAGAGCAAAGCCUGCAGAGAUCAAUGAAAGCUGGAACAUUGACUGGGAUGUGGUGAGGGAAGAAAUGAACAAGACCUAUAAUACAACCAUUCCGUCUUGGUAAUGUCCCUUUAAAUGGCGUUACUCAGUGAGAGACAGACAAAGAGAAACUCUCUGUCUCAGAAGGAAUGGGCAGAGUAAAUCACAGAGUGUUCAAAUCUAAAUCCAGUCACAAAUGAUAAAAAUAAUUAGCAGAACAGAAGGAAUGUUUCAACUGAUAGUUUAUCAAAUUGGAAUAGUUGAUGAAUCAGAUCAGAGAUCAAUGAGAAGCAUUUCUGGAGAGAGUAACAGGUAUCCAGAAGGUAGGGACUUAAUGUGAGGGUGGAGGGUGGGAAAUGAGGAUCUUGUGUUGGAAUUGAGGUGCUUUGAGUGAUGGGAUCAGGGAAACUCCAAAGAGGGACUGACAGAUAGGUUGGUGAGUGAUCGAAGGAUAGUGUGAGGAAGGAUCAAGGGAUACGUUGGAGGGAAUUGAGGGAUAAAAUGAUGCGGGAUUGAAGGAUAGUGUGAAGAGGUAUUAAGGGAUGGAGUGAUGAGGGAUUGGAGAGAUAGAGUGACCAGGAAGCGAUUUAAAAAAAAAACAUUUCAGAAGGUAGAGGAGAUAUUGAGGGACAAUUGGAAAGUAGGAUGUCCAAUGAGAUUCUAAAGAUAUAUGAAGGAGCAGCAGGCUAUUCAGCCCACCAAGCCUAUGCUGUCAUUCAUUGAGGACAUGGCUGAUCUACAUAGAGCACUUGAGAGCAGAAAUAGACCCUUUGGCCCAUCUAGUCCAUGCCAUCUACUUGCAACUGAAACGUAUCCCUCCAAAUGCCUCCCAUUCAUUGUCCUUUGCAAACGUCCCUUAAAAUUUACUAUUAAACCAACAUCGACGAUUUCCACUGGCAGCUCUUUCCACAAGUGCAGCACUUCCUGAGUGAAAAAGUUCUCCCUCAUGUUCCCCAUAAAUAUUUCACAUUUCACCUAAAACCUAUGAACUAAUCUCACCAAGCCCUGAGCCUCUCUCUACAGCCCCAGGGUGGAGAAUCCCAAUGAUUCAUCAUCCAGGUGAAGAUGUCUAACCUCACUGCCCUUAGAAAAAGUCUCUGGCAUCUGUCUCGUACACCUUUAUCAGAUCACCUCUCAUCCUCAUUGUCUCCAAAGAGAAAAGCCCUUCCUCACUCAAACCUGUCCUCAUAAAACAUGCUCUCUAACCUAGACAACAUCCUGGUUAGUCUCCUCAGUUCCCUCUCUAAAUCUUCCACAUCUUUCCUAUAAUGAGAUACCGGAACUGAACAUAAUAUUCCGAGUGUGGUCUAUCCAGGGUUUAUUGAUCUGCAACAUGAUCUUGUGGCUAUUGAACUCAAUAUCUUGACUAAUAAAAGCCGACACACCAUACACCUACUUAAGGGCCCAGUUAACUAACAACAGCUUUGGAUAUGGACCCCAAGGUUCCCCUGUUCCUUGACACUGCUCUGAAUCCUGCCAUUAACUCUGUAUUCUGCCUUGAAGUUCGAACUUUCAAAAUGAAUCACUUGACACUUUUCUGGAUUGAAGUCCACCUGCCUCUUCUCAGCCCAGUUCUGCAUCCUGUCAAUGUCCUGUUGUAACCUACAGAAACCUCCUGCACUAUCCAUACCUCCACCAAUCUUCAUGUCAUCUGCAAAAGUCCAUCCACUUCCUCAUCCAAGUUCUUUAUAAAAAUGACCAAGAGCACGGCUCCCACAACACCACGGGUCAGGGAUCUCCAGGCAGAAUACCCUCCCUCACCUCCCACCCUCUGCCUUCUGUGUGCAAGACAAUUCUGAAUUCAAGCAGCCAUGUUUCAGAUCCCAUAACUCCAGGAUUUGUGAAUGAGACUACACGGUGAGAGGGAGGGGAACAGGAGGGAGGUGGAACAGGGAGUAGGGACAGUGGAGGGUGGAGUGUGGAGAGGAAGGGGAGAGGGUGAAGGGUAGAGCUUGGAGGGGAUAGGAGGCGUGAGAGAGAAAGUUAGAGAUAUUGAUGCUGGGAGGAGUUCAAGAAACAUUCUCCUGAGGAGAGGGACGGGAUCUCUCACCAGUCAAAUGGUGCUGAGUUGUGAUCUCUGUUGAGGUCGUGGUUCAGACUCAGAUUAUUCUGUUUUGCUUCUUGGGUUUUUUUUAGCGUUUGUCUAUUGGGGGACAGAUGGGGAAUUGGGGGUUAGGGUUUAAGGACAUGGAGCAGGAGCUGGUAUUCAGAGUCCAGAUCAGAACACUCCACAAUUGAAGGUCAGUUUGGCAGGCAGUGAUGAUGGAGGUUAGCAAUCCCAGUCAGUGAGUCUUGGGUUGUAGUCCAUCAUGGCAGGAGGAGACCCAAAGGUCAAAAGCCUGUGAUAAGUGGGGUCGUGGGUCAAUACCCAGAGGAUGGAAAGACCAGAGCGCAUGGCCCAAGGUUGAAGUUCAGAUGUGGACAAGACUGUAGAGUGACAUCUAAAGAUCAAACAGCAAAGUUGGUGAGCCUGGAGAUCAAGGCCUGAAGGUAGAAUCCCCAGGGUUGCCCUGCCUGGAGAUCGAGGGACAAUGUCUGUGAGUCCGUGCCAGGGACUGAGGCUGGAGGACCAAUAUCUGUAAGUCAGAGUCUGGGACCAAAGAAAAGCUGCCUGUGUGUGUGAAGGGGAGGGGUCGGAUGUGGAAAAGGGGCUUGUUUUGCUGUUGUUGUUGUUACUGCCGGUUGUAUUUUCCUGCUGAACGUUGGGUUUGCUAUCUUGGCACCGGAAAGUCUGGUGACGUUUGUGAGCUGCCUCCAGCACAUCCUUUGGUUGUGAAUGCAAACACACAUUUCACCGUAGGUUUCAAUGUAGAUCUGAGAAAUAAAUCUGAAUGUCUGAGAGCUUUGGGAAGAAACGUAUAAAAAGGUGCCGGACAAGAUCACCGACAGCACUGACUCCGGAGAGCAACCAGUGAAGAAGACCCUGAGUCAGGGGCUCGGAGAGGAACUCACGGUGAACCCUGGCCAGGUUCAUCUGGGGUGGGGAACACCUGA